AUGAGACUGAUCAACGCAAGAACAUACCAAUUGGAAGAAUACCUCGACAGUGAUAUCCCCGAAUAUGCAAUUCUGUCACAUACGUGGGGAAAGAAUGAAAUCUUCUUUCAAGAUCUUCAGGCACUGUCAACAGGCUCCAGGUACUGGGAUCGUGUGGUAGGCAAGGAAGGAUUUUUCAAAAUCAAGUAUACCUGCCAGCAAGCGAUCAGGGAUGGUCUAGAUUACGCUUGGGUUGAUACAUGCUGUAUCAACAAAAGCAGUAGUGCGGAAAUCUCCGAAGCUAUAAACUCCAUGUUCCAAUGGUACAUGCGAUCAAGCAAGUGCUAUGUUUACUUGUCUGACAUCCCCAGCGACUACGGUGAGAUUCCACUCAUUGAGCAAGUUGGAAGCUUUGCCGAACCCGCCAGAAGACGCAGGCCUAGUAAAUACGAUGCGAUGAUCAAUGGCCCCUUUGCAAGAUGCCGCUGGCUCACCCGAGGAUGGACAUUGCAGGAGUUGAUUGCACCCACGGAUUUGACCUUUUAUGGGUCUGGCUGGAACUUCCUUGGUACAAAAGCAUCAAUGACAGCCCUCCUCUCUACCAUCACUGGCAUAGACCAGCGCGUUCUUAGAGACUUGACAAACACAAAAGAGUCACUGAGAUCAGUAUGUGUCGCACAGAAGAUGUCAUGGGCAGCUAAGAGGCGGACUUCUAAGAUAGAGGAUGAGGCAUAUUGUCUCCUGGGUCUGUUUGAUGUUCAUAUGCCUAUCCUCUAUGGCGAAGGCAAGGCUGCAUUUAUUAGACUACAAGAGCAAAUCAUCAAGAGUUCCGAUGAUCACACCAUUUUCGCAUGGAACUAUUGCGAUAUUGAGCAAGAGAGACAGUACACCGUCCUUGCUCCGUCCUCAUCCUGCUUUCUCAAGAACGUCGUCCAAUGGUCCCGUCCGCGUAACAGUGGGCCAUACACCAUGACCAACCGAGGCCUCCGCAUCCCGCUUCCCGUCACAUAUCAAAACGGGCCUAAGGAUAGCUGCCUCGCGCUCUUGGACUGCCACUAUGAGGAUGAUGUCACAGGCGCCUUGGCCCUUCCUCUUACUCCUCGACCAGACAACACAUUUGAUAUCCAUUAUGAUAUCUCGCGGGGGCGGGUAGUGAGAGUUGACUUGGGUCUAGAAACAAAAGCCAUGACUCGAGAGCUCUAUAUCCGAUCACAGUCCAAUGUUCCUGACCGAGGGCCACAACUGACAUGUCAAAUCCACAUCAAUCGAGAGGAUUUCAGAACAGCGAGUCAGCGCAUAACGGAAUACUAUCCAUCGCGUAUCUGGGAUGCUGAAAAUCACCGACUACGACUUACCUCCAACGACUCGACUUCCUUGGAAACAUGGGCUGCUGUUAGGUUACAAGACUCCUCCGAAAGAGCCAUCGGAGUUGUGUUCCACCUUUCACCACAAAGAAGGCCAGAGAGCACAGCGACCUUCAAUGUACAUGGUUGGAUCUACAUGCAGACCAUGAGGCCCGAAAUGGCCCUCUCCCAUGUAGUCGAUCAGGUCAUUCGCGGCUGCGCCUCAGCUUCAGCGUAUGAAUACGGGAACCAUGGAUCCUAUACCCUUGCCUUAGGCCGAAGACAUAGCAUGGUGGCAACCAACACUAUGAUCAGUGGUAAUGGCUCAGAGACGCUCAUGAACGUGACUGUCGCUGAUCGGUAUGCGCCUUGCACGUUGCGACGUGUCUUUGGCGCGGCUCCUAAGCCCCUGAAGAACGCAGAAACACUUUCUAACGAGAAGGAUCUGCGAACGAGCGUGUCUACAGAUUAG